GGGCUGUGUGGAGGUUUCAGACUCCGGCGCCAUUUAAAGCGGAGAGUUUCCCGGGCGGACGCGGCUGUGCUCGUCCUCGGCCGCCGCCGCCGCCGCGCCCCCCGUCUUCGCUGACAGGAGCCAUGUCCGGCGGCGCCGCCGAGAAGCCCCGCGGCUCCCCGAGCUUCCUCUCGCCGCCGCCCAAGAAUGGCUCCAGCUCCGACUCGUCGGUGGGCGAGAAGCUGGGCGCCGCGGGCAGCGACGCGGGCCUGGGCCGCACCGACGAGUACCGGCGCCGCCGCCACACGAUGGACAAGGACAGCCGGGGGGCGGCCGCCACCCCCACCGAGCACCGCUUCUUCCGCCGCAGCGUCAUCUGCGACUCGAACGCCACGGCGCUGGAGCUGCCGGGGCUCCCCAUCCCCGCCCUGCACCCCGGCGGGGCCGUCCCCGCCGCGGGGCCGCCGGCCACCCCCGCCGAGCCCGCCGCCCGGGAGGAGCCGGUGACCGCCGCCGCCGCCGCCGCCCCGGUGACCCGGCCGCCGCCCCCGCCCGCCGCGGCCCCGGCCCCCGCCGCCGCCCCCGCCGCCCCCGCCGCCGCCGCCGCCGCCGCCGCCCCGCCGGCCCCCGGCAGCACCGGCCCCGAGCGCCCCGCGUCCCAGCCCGGCCCGGCGGGCGGCCAGGAGGAACCGCCGCCGCCGCCGCCGCCCGCCCGCAGCGGCAGCGGCAGCGGGGGCAGCGCCGGCGCCCGCGAGGCGGCCGAGGAGCUGCGCAGCCAGCAGCAGGACGACAUCGAGGAGCUGGAGACCAAAGCCGUGGGCAUGUCCAACGACGGGCGCUUCCUCAAGUUCGACAUCGAGAUCGGCCGGGGCUCCUUUAAGACCGUCUACAAGGGCCUGGACACGGAGACCACGGUGGAGGUGGCCUGGUGCGAGCUGCAGGAUCGAAAGUUAACUAAGUCUGAAAGGCAGAGAUUUAAAGAAGAGGCUGAAAUGUUGAAGGGUCUUCAGCAUCCCAAUAUUGUCCGUUUCUAUGAUUCCUGGGAAUCCACAGUAAAAGGGAAGAAGUGCAUUGUUUUGGUAACUGAACUCAUGACAUCUGGGACACUUAAAACGUACCUGAAGAGGUUUAAGGUGAUGAAGAUCAAAGUGUUAAGAAGCUGGUGUCGGCAGAUCCUGAAAGGACUUCAGUUUCUGCAUACUCGUACACCACCUAUUAUUCACCGCGACCUUAAGUGUGACAACAUCUUUAUCACUGGUCCUACCGGCUCAGUGAAGAUCGGAGACCUGGGCCUGGCAACCCUGAAGCGGGCUUCUUUUGCCAAGAGCGUGAUAGGUACUCCAGAAUUCAUGGCCCCUGAAAUGUAUGAGGAGAAAUAUGACGAAUCUGUUGAUGUUUAUGCUUUUGGGAUGUGCAUGCUUGAGAUGGCCACUUCUGAAUAUCCAUACUCAGAGUGCCAGAAUGCUGCGCAGAUCUACCGUCGCGUGACCAGCGGAGUGAAGCCAGCCAGUUUUGACAAAGUAGCAAUUCCUGAAGUGAAAGAAAUCAUUGAAGGUUGCAUAAGACAAAACAAAGAUGAAAGAUAUUCCAUCAAAGAUCUUUUGAACCAUGCCUUCUUCCAGGAGGAAACGGGGGUACGGGUAGAAUUAGCUGAAGAAGACGAUGGAGAAAAGAUAGCUAUUAAGUUAUGGCUGCGUAUUGAAGAUAUUAAGAAAUUAAAGGGAAAGUACAAAGACAAUGAAGCCAUUGAAUUUUCAUUUGACUUGGAGAGAGAUGUGCCAGAAGAUGUUGCUCAAGAAAUGGUAGAGUCUGGGUAUGUCUGUGAAGGUGAUCAUAAGACCAUGGCUAAAGCCAUCAAAGACAGAGUGUCGUUGAUUAAGAGGAAACGAGAGCAGCGGCAGCAGGUGCGGGAGGAGCAGGAGAAAAGAAGACAGGAAGAGAAUGGUCUCCGGCAGCAGGUUGAACAACAAUCCAGUGCUUCCCAGACCAGCACCCAGCAGAUCCCUCCUGCUGGCACGGCUGUACCCACAGCCCCCACCACGUCUGCUUCAGUAUCUACCCAAGUGGAGCCCGAAGAACCCGAGGCAGACCAACAUCAACAGCUACAGUACCAACAACCUGGCAAGUCUGUGUUGUCGGACGGGACGGUUGACAGUGGUCAGGGAUCUUCCGUCUUUACAGAGUCGCGAGUGAGCAGCCAGCAGACAGUGUCAUUUGGUUCCCAGCAUGAACAGGCACAUUCUACUGGCGCAGUUCCAGGGCACACAGCUUCUACUGUGCAAGCACAAUCGCAGCCCCAUGGGGUCUAUCUACCCGCAAGUAUGGCACAGGGACAGAGCCAGAGCCAGCCAUCCUCAAGUAGCUUGGCAGGGGUACCACCUUCCCAACCCAUCCAACAUCCGCAGCAGGGAAUUCCGCAGACGGCCCCUCCUCAACAGGCUGUACAGUAUCCACUUGCGCACAUGGCACCCUCCAGUGAGGCCGCUGCUGCCCAGCCAGCGAGCCAGCCUCCAGCUCAAGCUCAAGUGGCAGCUGGAAAACAGCUUCCAGCUUCCCAGCCAGUACCAACUCUCCAAGGCGAACCUCAGACCCCAGUUGCAACACAGCCCUCUGUUGUUCCAGUCCACUCUGGUGCUCAUUUCCUCCCUGUGGGACAGCCACUCCCCACCCCCUUACUCUCACAGUACCCCGUCUCUCAGAUUGCCUUACCGACUCCUCAUGGGUCUACAGCUCAGACAGGCUUCUCAUCCCUUCCCGUCACCAUGGCCGCUGGCCUUAAUCAGCCUCUCCUCAACUUGGCUUCAUCUGCUACAGCAGCUUCUGUCCCAGGGGGAUCCACUGUGGUUCCCAGUCCGCUCCCAACCCUUCUGCAGCCUGUCUCUCAGCUGCCAACCCAGGUCCCCCCGCAGCUCCUCCAGCCGGCAGUGCAGUCCAUGGGAAUACCAGCUAACCUUGGACAAGCUGCCGAGGCUCCUCUUCCCUCUGGAGAUGUUCUCUUCCAGGGCUUCCCACCUCGACUGCCUCCACAGUACCCAGGAGAUUCAAAUAUUCCCUCUUCCACCGUGGCUUCUGUUUGCAUCCAUUCUACAGUCCUAGCCCCUCCCAUGCCAACAGAAGCAAUGGCUACACCCGGUUACUUUCCUCCAGUGGUGCAGCCUUUUGUGGAACCAAAUCUUUUGGUCCCUAUGGGCGGUGUAGGCGGACAGGUUCAAGUGUCUCAGCCUGCAGUGAGCGUAGUACAACAAACCCCUCCUACAUCCUCCCAGCCAGCAGCUCUGGAGAGCACUCAGGGGGCCGCCCAGGUGGCUCCCCCAGAGCCAGCCGCACAGCCGCAGCCCACCCAGCCUGUGACGCUGGUGUCCUCCAUAGACAGUGCACACUCAGAUGUUGCUUCCGGUCUGAGUGAUGGCAACGAGACUGCCCCCUCGUCUGGUGGGAGGCACGAGGGGAGAACGACAAAACGACACUGUCGAAAGUCUGUGAGGAGCCGCUCUCGACAUGAGAAGACUUCCCGCCCGAAGCUGAGAAUUUUGAAUGUUUCAAAUAAAGGAGACCGGGUAGUGGAGUGUCAGUUAGAAACCCAUAAUCGAAAAAUGGUGACCUUCAAAUUUGACCUGGAUGGCGACAACCCUGAGGAGAUAGCCACGAUUAUGGUGAACAAUGACUUUAUUUUAGCGAUCGAAAGAGAGUCGUUUGUGGCUCAAGUGCGGGAAAUCAUUGAAAAAGCUGAUGAGAUGCUCAGUGAGGAUGUGAGUGUGGAGCCCGAGGGGGACCAGGGACUGGAGAGUCUGCAGGGCAAGGAUGACUACGGCUUCUCGGCGUCUCAGAAAUUGGAAGGAGAGUUCAAACAACCCACUCCUGUGUCUUCCAUGCCCCAGCAAAUAGGGGUUCCUACCAGUUCAUUAACUCAAGUUGUUCAUUCUGCUGGAAGACGGUUUAUUGUGAGCCCUGUGCCCGAAAGUCGAUUGCGAGAGUCAAAAAUUUUCACCAGUGAAAUAGCAGAUACGGUUGCUGCCUCUACAUCUCAGGGCCCUGGGAUGAACUUGUCUCACUCUGCCUCAUCACUUAGUCUGCAGCAGGCCUUUUCUGAGCUUAGACAUGCCCAGCUGUCCGAAGGACCCAAUACGGCACCUCCCAACUUCAGUGUCGCGGGCCCAGUGUUUCCUGGAGGCCCAGCCACAGCCGCCGCCACACCUUCGGUGUCACUUCCAGUAACCAGCAGCCCUCUUAGUGACAGUUCCACCUCCGUAAUUCAGUCUGAAGUCACAGUGCCUGCAGACAAAGGCAUUGCCAGAGUCCCCACCAGCACGGGUGUGGUGACUUCUGGUGGUCUCCCUGUUCCAUCUGUGUCUGAGCCACCGGUACUUGCCAGCAUGGUUUCCAGCGCCACGGUGCCCGUGGUCGUCUCCGUGUGUCCCACAGCGCAGCCUGCUCAGGCUCCCACGUGUGGAAGCACCGUUGCUGGUACAGGCACUUUUCCUUCUCUAGCAGCUUCCACCGCCGUGAGCACCGCAGUGGGCAGUGCAAGCGUCCCGGGGACUGCGCCUCCAGCCGCGUUACUGCAGCAGGCCGCAGGCAGCACUGCUGGGGCGGCCACUGUGCCCGCAGUCCCUGCCACCCCGUUCCCAAGUGUCGCUUCGCAGCCACCCCUUCAGCUCAGCAGCAGCACCUCAGCUCCAACUCUGGCAGAAACGGUGGUGGUGAGCGCUCACUCACUGGACAAACCAUAUCAUAGCAGCACGGCCGGACUGGCCAUGCCCUUCCCCGCACCAGCCGCCUCAUCCUCCCCAGGGACAGUGGCGUCGAGCUCCGCCACUCUGCAUCCCACGGUCCUGUCCGCAGUGGCUUCCACACCCGUGCUUCCGCAAGCAGCGGCGCCCGCUUGUGCCCCUCUGUUACCGCAAGUGCCGAGCAUCCCUCCCCUGCUCCAGCCCGCCGCCAGCGUGCCCACCGUGCAGCAGACGCUCAUCCACAGCCAGCCCCAGCCGGCCCUGCUCCCCAGCCAGCCCCACACGCACUGUCCAGAAGUCGACGCCGAUGCGCAGCCCAAAGCCCCCGGGAUCGACGACAUAAAGACUCUGGAGGAGAAGCUGCGGUCGCUGUUCAGCGAGCACAGCUCAUCGGGGCCUCAGCACGCUCCCGUCUCGCUGGACACGUCACUCGUGGUGGAGGCCACGGUCACACCAGGCGUCCCCACUACCGCUGUUGCGCCGAGCAAACUCAUGACGUCUACGACGAGUACCUGCCUACCACCAGCCAGCUUACCAUUAGGAACAGCUGGGUUGCCACCCAUGCCAGUGGGCACAGUGGGCACGCCUGGGCAGGUUUCUACCCCAAGCAGCUACGUCUCAGCCCCAGUCAGCACUGCAUCAGGAAUGAAGCCUGGAGCUACCCCCUCAAAGCCACCUUUAACUAAGACUUUGGUGCCGCCAGGGGUCACUGAACUUCCAGCCGGGACCCUGUCCGGUGAGCAGCUGCCGCCUUUUCCUGGACCUUCACAAACUCAGCAACCUCUAGAAGAUCUUGAUGCCCAGCUGAGAAGAACACUUAGUCCAGAGAGCAUAACAGUGACAUCUGCAGGAGGGUCUGUGUCUGUGGUGGCUCCAACAGCAGUCACAGGAGCAGGCGCGCAGCCUCCGAAGGAUGGCACAGAAGGUUCUGUCCUAUGCAGUAGUUCAGGAGCUGCUGUUCUAAAGAUGGGGCGAUUUCAGGUUUCAGUUGCCACAGAUGAUGCCCAGAAAGACAGUAAAGCAAAGUCAGAGGACGUGAAGUCUGUCCACUUUGAGUCCAGCGCAUCUGAGUCCUCCGUGCUGUCGAGUAGUAGCCCCGAGAGCACCCUAGUGAAGCCAGAGCCUGGCGGGGUGCCAGUCCCCGGGGUUCCUCCAGAUGUGCCAGACAGUGCCCACCAACCCCCUGCCUCAGAAGCGAAGCAGGAAGCAGGGCAGCCUACCAAGGUUGGGCGUUUUCAGGUGACAACUACAGCAAACCAAGUGGGUCGCUUCUCAGUGUCGAGAACCGAGGACAAGAUGGCAGAGGUGAAGGAGGAGCCGGCCACGUCUCCUCCAUUCAGAGACUCUGGACAUGCUGCUCUUCCCACCGAGAUACCAAAGAAAGACAAGCCGGAGCUGGCCCCGCCUUUGCAUCUGAACGGGCCGUCCUCCGACCUGGAGGCUGCCUUUCUCAGUAGGGGCCUGGAUGACGGCUCUGGCAGCCCGCACUCCCCACCUCACCUGUGCUCCAAGAGCCUUCCCAUCCAGAGCCUAAGUCAGAGCCUUAGUAACUCCUUCAACUCCUCUUACAUGAGCAGCGACAAUGAGUCAGACAUCGAAGACGAAGACUUAAAAUCAGAGCUGCGGCGACUACGGGAAAAACAUCUUAAAGAGAUUCAGGACCUGCAAAGUCGUCAGAAGCAGGAAAUUGAAUCAUUGUACACCAAACUGGGCAAGGUUCCCCCUGCUGUCAUUAUUCCCCCAGCUGCCCCACUUUCGGGGAGGAGAAGGCGACCUACUAAAAGCAAAGGCAGCAAAUCUAGUCGCAGCAGUUCACUGGGCAAUAAGAGCCCGCAGCUUUCAGGUAACCUGUCUGGGCAGAGUGGGGCUUCGGGGGCUUCAGUCUUGCACCCCCAGCAAACCCUCCACCCCACUGGCAGUACCUCAGAGCCCGGGCACAGUCAGCUGCUCCAGCCUCUUAAGCCGUCUCCCUCCAGUGACAACCUCUACUCAGCCUUCACCAGUGAUGGUGCCAUUUCUCUACCAAGCCUUUCUGCUCCAGGUCAAGGGACCAGCAGCACAAACACCGUCGGGGGCACCGUGAGCAGCCAGGCAGCGCAGGCGCAGCCCCCCGCCAUGACGUCCAGCAGGAAGGGCACGUUCACGGACGACCUGCACAAGCUGGUGGACAACUGGGCCCGGGACGCCAUGAACCUCUCGGGCCGGAGGGGGAGCAAAGGGCACAUGAACUACGAGGGCCCCGGCAUGGCGCGGAAGUUCUCGGCCCCUGGGCAGUUGUGCAUCUCCAUGACCUCAAACCUGGGCAGUUCGGCCCCCAUCUCCGCCGCCUCCGCUACCUCUCUAGGCCACUUCCCCAAGUCCAUGUGCCCCCCACAGCAGUAUGGGUUCCCCGCCCCCCCGUUCGGCGCGCAGUGGAGCGGCACGGGCGGCCCCGCGCCGCCGCCGCUCGGCCAGUUCCAGCCCGUGGGCAGCGCGUCCCUGCAGAACUUCAACAUCAGCAACCUGCAGAAGUCCAUCAGCAACCCCCCGGGCUCGAACCUGCGGACCACCUAGCCAGCCGCCCGCCAGGCCCGGCCGCGGAGGAGCGGGGGACUAACCGCGUGCUGCACUUCCACUUACCUGGUUCCUUCUGGCCGGGGGAAUGUUCUUACGACCAUUUUGAGCCCUCAGAAUGGAGAACUUUCUCCGCUCCCUUGAU